UCUAGCCGGCUGCAUUGGAGCUGACGGUUUCGUAACCACUCCACAACAUCUCUCUAUCCACCACUGAUCACUGAUCCCUAAACCAUCUCAGCAGCCUCGUCCCACAACUCGGCUAGCCACCUAACAGCACACAUCCCCACACACCGUCCGUUCCCAAUCCCCAAUCCUCCAAAGUGGCGCCAUCAUCGCCAUUCCGCCUGUUCGUUCUUGCCCUUGUCAUCUUCGCAGGCUCACUCUUCAUUCUGGCUCCUUCUUUCCGUCUCGGGCCCCGCCUGUCGUCCAUAUAUAGUCACCUCCGACCAGCCGCAACAGCAGCUACUUCGAGGCCCCCUUGGACUGCAACCGCUCCGAUAACUACUUCCACCAUGGCGCCGGCUCAGUACCGUACGCCGCCGCAGGCACCCCCGCUCUUCACGGCUACGACGGCCUCGCUGGUCGCUGAUGCGAAGAAGCUAUGCGCCAACUCCAAGAGCGUGAUGGACAACAUCGUCAGCUCCGUUAAGCCGGAGGAUGCCGCAUUCCAGAGCGUCGUUCUGCCUAUGGCGGUCGAUGAGAACGAGGGCUCUCUCGAGGCCCGCAUCAUCGGCUUCUACCAGGCUGUAUCAACCGACAAGGCGCUGCGUGAUGCUAGUACCGAGGCUGAGAAGAUAAUGGAUGAGUUUGCGAUCGAGGCGAGUAUGCGCGAGGACGUGUAUAAGCUGGUCGAAGCGGCGUUCCAAAAGGGCGCAAAGCUCGACCCGGAGAGCCAGCGGUUGUUGGAGAAGGAGCGAAAGAGUUAUAUCCGCAAUGGUCUGGGGUUGCCGGCUGGGCCGAAGAGGGACAGGUUCAAGGAGAUCAAGUUGAGAUUGAGUCAGAUUAGCACUGAUUUCCAGAAGAACCUGAAUGAGGAGGAUGGAGGCAUUUGGGUUACGAGGGACGAGAUGAAGGGCGUCCCUGAGGAUGUGUUGGGUGGGUUGGAGAAGGGGACUGGGGAAAAUGAGGGGAAGUUGAGGCUGAGCUUCAAGUACCCUGAUCUGUUCCCGACGCUCAAGUUUGCACUCAGUGCCGAGUUGAGGCAGAAGCUGUUCAUUGAGAACGAGAACAAGUGCAACGUCAACGUCCCUCUCUUUAAGGAGGCUAUUGUCCUUCGUGACGAGGCUGCCAGACUUCUGGGCUACCCCGAUCACGCUACCUUCAGGAUUGAAGACAAGAUGGCCAAGACCCCCAAGACUGUCCUUGAUUUCUUGGGCGACUUGAGGACCCAAUUGGCCCCGGGAGGCGUCAAGGAGACUGAGCACCUCAAGGAAUUGAAGGUGGCCGACCUGAAGAGCCGCGGCCUGGAAGGCACCUAUGACGGCAACUACUACCUCUGGGAUCACCGCUUCUACGACCGCCUGAUGGUCGAGCAGGAGUACACCAUCGACGAGCAGAAGAUCGCCGAGUACUUCCCCCUCGAAUCUACGGUCAACAGCAUGCUCAACAUCUUUGAGUCCCUCUUCGGUCUCGUCUUCGUCGAGAUUGAAGGUGAGGCCCGCGACGCCCUCUCCCCCACCGGUAAGCGCGAUGACAUCGUCUGGCACGAAGACGUUAAGCUCUUCAGCGUCUGGGAUGAUGCUGGUGAGGGCGGUGCCUUCUCUGGUUACCUUUACCUUGAUCUCCACCCCCGCCCUGGAAAGUACGGCCACGCCGCCAACUUCAACCUCCAGAGCGGCUUCGUGGCCGCGAACGGCACGCGCCGCUACCCCGCCACAGCGCUCGUAUGCAACUUCUCCAAGCCGACGGCCGACAAGCCAUCGCUCCUCAAGCACGACGAGGUCGUCACGCUCUUCCACGAGCUGGGUCACGGAAUCCACGAUCUCGUUGGCCGCACGCAGUACUCUCGCUUCCACGGGACUAGCGUCGUGCGAGAUUUCGUCGAGGCGCCUAGUCAGAUGCUGGAGAACUGGUGCUGGGCUCCCGCGCAGCUUAAGGGACUUAGCAAGCACUACGUCUCUGGGGAAGCUAUCCCCGAUGACCUUAUUGAGAAGCUGAUUGGGACAAAACACGUCAACGAUGCGCUGUUCAACCUUCGCCAGCUUCAUUUCGGUACCUUCGACAUGGCGGUCCACACGCCCAAGACACACGAGGAGGCCAUCGGACUGGAGAUCUCAGAGCUGUACAACAAGCUUCGCAUGCAGAUCUCGGGGAUGAAGGGACCAGAGGAGCUUGGCCAGGGUAAUGCUUGGGGUAACGGCCCUGCGACAUUUGGACAUCUGAUCGGAGGGUACGAUGCCGGAUACUACGGGUACCUGUCGUCGCAGGUCUACUCGGCGGACAUGUUCCACAGCGUGUUCGCGAAGGACCCGAUGAGCGCGGUGGAGGGGAGACGCUAUAGGCAUAUGGUGCUUGAGAAGGGUGGGAGCCAGGAUGAGAUGGUGACUCUGGAGGCGUUCUUGGGACGGAAGCCGAGCACCGAGGCGUUUUACCGCGAGUUGGGGAUUGUGGGUAAAUGAUAGACAGAGAUUGGAUGGUAUUGGAAUAAGAAUAUCUCUAGACCCUACUAAGAGUAUACAACCUUGCAGCGA